GGAGGUUGGCGGAAUCACCGUCACUGAACGACCCUCUACCCGUCCCGGUGUCGGGUGCGGCAGUGACAGGAAAACAUGGCAGUACUUCAAUCUCUGAACAUGGAUGCCUUGCGGGAGGUUCUAGAGUGUCCCAUAUGCAUGGAGACCUACACAGAGGAGCUGCAGAGACCGAAGCUAUUGCACUGUGGCCAUACAACCUGCAAGCAGUGCCUUGAGAAACUCUUGGCCAACACUAUCAAUGGCAUACGUUGCCCAUUCUGUAGUAGGGUCACUCGUAUCACCAACCUCACACAGCUGGCUGAUAACCUGACUGUCUUAAAAAUAAUUGACACAGCAGAACUUGGACAGACUGUCAGUGGGCUGAUGUGCAAGAUGUGUAGCCGGAGGCUACCAAGGUACUUCUGCCUAAGCUGUUCUCAGGUGUUGUGUGAGGCCUGUAGAGAGGCAAACCAUACGUUGCCAGAUCACCAUGUUCUUCCGUUGCGUGAGGCUGCCGAGGAGCGCAGACGAACUCUGGAGGGGAGGCUUGUAUGUCUCAGACAAAGGAUGCAGGACUUGCAGAAAAGAAAAGCUUCCUUAGAAAGUGUUUCUGCUCAGAUAAAAGCAAAGUACAAAUCUGUCCUCCAAGAUUACAGUAAAGAGGAGGGUCGGAUACAGGAGGAACUUGUGCGCUCUCGCAAGAUUUUUACUUCUUCUCUGGCAGAGAUUGAAAGGUUAAACAAUCAGAUAUUGGAUGAGCAAGCUUACCUAUUAAACAUUACUGAGGUGCAGGUGGUUUCUAGGUGUGACUUCCUUCUGUUAAAGAUAAAACAGUCGGAUACUGCUCUUCUGGAAGAGUCUCUGGAGGAAGAGGAACCUGAGCUUGCAACAGACAUGCCUCCAGAGCUCACAUUGCAGGAUGUGGAGUUCCUCAAAAUUGGACAUGUUGAUCCUUUACAAGUGGGUGAAGUAGUCAAGAAGCCAUAUGUUAUCAGUGUACAAGACCCUCUCCCUGAAGCAUGUGCCUUUCCACUGGUUACAUGUAAUGAGAUGGAAACACAGCCAGAAGAAGUCAGCUGUGUUCCAUCAUGUCCCUUUCCUCCUCUUACCCGGCUGCCUGAGGCAACAUGCAGUGUUCAGCAGUGUCAGUUCCUCAGGAAGAUGGGCUCCAAGGGCAAUAUGCCAGGCAUGUUUAACCUACCAGUCAGUCUGCAUGUUACGGCACUGGGAGAAGUACUUGUAGCCGACAGGGGUAACUUUAGAAUCCAGGUAUUUAACAGAAAGGGUUUUCUGAGGGAGAUUAGGCGAAGCCCAACUGGUAUUGAUACAUUUGUGCUCAGUUUCCUCGGAGCUGACCUGCCCAAUCUUAUUCCACUUUCAGUAACCAUGAAUUGCCAUGGAUUGAUAGGAGUGACUGAUAACUAUGAUAACUCUGUCAAAGUCUAUACAAUGGAGGGACACUGUAUUGCUUGCCACAGAAGUCAGCUCAGCAAACCAUGGGGCAUUGCAGCCAUGCCCUCAGGUCAGUUUGUUGUAACGGAUGUGGAAGGAGGGAAGCUGUGGUGUUUAACUGUAGACCGCAGCCUAGGAGUAGUCAAAUUUAACCGACUCUGUAGUGCUGUGCGUCCAAAGUUUGUUACUUGUGACCAAGAAGGAACAGUAUAUUUCACACAGGGACUAGGUCUGAACUUAGAAAACAGACAGUACGAGCAUCAUCUGGAGGGUGGCUUCUCCAUUGGCUCUGUAGGGUCUGAUGGCCAACUGGGUCGACAGAUCAGCCAUUUCUUCUCAGAGAAUGAGGACUUCCGUUGCAUUGCAGGCAUGUGUGUUGGGGCCCGAGGAGACUUGAUUGUUGCUGACAGUGGCCGUAAAGAAAUCCUUCAUUUCCCUAAAAGUGGUGGUUACAGUGUCUUAAUAAAGGAGGGAUUGAUCUGUCCUGUAGGAGUGUCUGUCACUCCAAAAGGACAACUGUUGGUGCUAGAUUGUUGGGAUCACUGUAUAAAAAUCUACAGUUACAAUAUACGUAGGUAUUCCACCCCUUAGAGAAACAUACAAUGACACUUAUGUCAGUGCUAGCAGGCAGAGAACAAUGUUAUCCAAAAUGUUGUAUUUUCUGUAAUGUUGACCUGUAAAUAAAAUGCACUUUAGAAGCAGCAUCCCAUGUAUACGCACAUACGUCCCUACAAAGUCAUGUUUUUUUUCAUAUACCAGAUGCACUCCCUAGCUGAAAAUCCGUGUCUUUUGUACGUAAACCUCCCACUCUAUAAAAAAAAAAUAACACAAAACUUGUCAAGCUCAGCAAUAUAGCAGAGAAAUGUGUCUGCCUCUAACAAACAAUCAGCCCAAAGUAUAGGUUUCUUUAAUAGACACAUCAAUUGAAAUGACAUUUCCGAGAUCUGUUCUGCCCGGGAAUUACAGACGGAACAUGAUUUGCAGUCAUGUCAUAAGGAGUGAGAUGGAAAGGCUUUAAGUCCUCAGUCAUGUCAUUUAUUUCGUACUACUUUCUCCUGUCUCAUUCCCGACACAGAAGGAUAGAAAAGGCAGGUGUGAUUAUAGUAGCUCAGCUUCUUCCGAUCCCGGCUGAUAGGAACAGAUUAGUGCAGAACAUCUCCUUAAUAUAUCCCCGCAGACUACAGCACCAAAGUGAGGCCGACUAUAGAGGCGUAGGAAAUUGAAGUUGUUUAGUGGGGGAGUGAGAUUAAUUUAAGUGUUUCAUUUGUUUUCAGAUCUAUCAGAAAUGGAUUUUUUUUUAAGUUGGACAUUGUUAAAAAUGCUUAGAGCUAAGGUUGCUCUCAGUAAAUAUACUGAAUAAAAUGAAGACUAGUCAAAGCGUUUACUAAAUUGAUUUUCCAUGAUUACAAAAUGUAGGUCUGAGUAGACCAUCUGCUGAAGAUAAAUGUUAUGGUGUGAAUUAGUUCAUUUAAUCUGAAUGGUGUAUAUUUAGAUUGCUUACUGAUUAGAAAAUAAAGCAAUGGAUUAUUUGAAGAUUGGUGUUUUAAAAAGCGUUAGACUCAUGUCAUGUCAAGGCUUGACAAAUCAGAGGAUCAUGGUUGUUAUGGUUACCUAAACCAUACAUUUGUUAUAAGGGAAUAAUGUAUUUAUGGUUUUGCUGUAAAUUAUUUCUAAAGCGCAGUACAAGGUGUAGCUACACAAAGGUCAUGUUAUUAGAUUUAGGGCUCGAUUCUCUAAAGCUCUUUAAACUGGUGUCUAAUCAGAAAUACUAGGACCCUCAGGGUUUUUUUUAAAGGCAUGUUUUAUGUUGGGAGCUGUGUAUUUCAUUAAGAGGAGAUCACUAAUAUGCUUUAUGUUAAGGAUAGACACUUACUUUACAAUAUGAUCCUCAGUAAAAUAAGCUGAUGAUUUCUCUCCAAGCCUCCUAUGUUGUUAUUUCCUGCUGCAGUUUAACCCAAAUUGAUGCUCCUCUAAUUCCCCCAACAAAAUUAACCCUUAUGGCUAACACAAAUUCCCCUCCCCCCCCAUGCUAUUAACCAAAAUGUGAUGUCUCCUUUGUUAAUCUGCCGUUACUCUUAACACAUCCAUGUGAGCACCCACCACAAACAGUAAUACAGACAUUUCCAAUAUGUGUGCCCCUUGUGAAUCUCCCCAUUAGAAACAACCUGCCAACAUCUAGGAUAGUAGCGGUGGUAAGAGAGCGGGCAAGCUAUAGGGGCAGAUAGCAUUAUCAGACAACACUGGUGCCCAUGUAAUAUAGGUAUCACCAUUAUAGCAACUGGGAUCAGAAACUCCCUGGGGGUUGGCCAUAGCAAUAGCGGAACCUCUGCUCAGAUAUAUUGGCUGUGGCUAGAUUGUUUGUUUGUUCUUUCCUAGAGUCUCUAUUUUAGUGAUUUGUUUGGGAUUUCUCUCUGAGUGGGAAAUGUGUUCGGUUAGCAUACAUUUUUAUUAAAGGGACAGUCUACUCCAGAAUUGUUUUUGUUUAAAAAGAAAGAUAAAUUCUUUAUUACCCAUUCCCCAGUUUUGCAUAACCAACACCAUUAUACUAAUGCACUUUUUACCUCUCUGAUUACCCUGUAUCUAAGCCUCUGCAGACUGUUCCUUAUCUCAGUUAUAUUAAUACAUUUUUUUACCUCUGUGAUUACCUUGUAUCUAAGCCUCUGCAGACUGCUCCUUAUCUCAGUUAUAUUUAUAUACUUUUUACCUCUCUGAUUACCUUGUAUCUAAGCCUCUGCAGACUGCUCCUUAUCUCAGUUAUAUUAAUAUACUUUUUACCUCUGUGAUUAACCUGUAUCUAAGCCUCUGCAGACUGUUCCUUAUCUCAGUUAUAUUAAUAUACUUUUUUACCUCUGUGAUUAACCUGUAUCUAAGCCUCUGCAGACUGCUCCUAAUCUCAGUUAUAUUAAUAUACUUUUUACCUCUGUGAUUACCCUGUAUCUAAGCCUCUGCAGACUGCUCCUUAUCUCAGUUAUAUUAAUAUACUUUUUACCUCUGUGAUUAACCUGUAUCUAAGCCUCUGCAGACUGCUCCUAAUCUCAGUUAUAUUAAUAUACUUUUUACCUCUGUGAUUACCUUGUAUCUAAGCCUCUUCAGACUGCCCCCUUAUUUCAGUUCUUUUGACAAACUUGUAUUUCAGUGCCCUCUCAUAAGUAACUCCAGAGGCGUGAGCACGUUAUCUAUAUUGCACACAUGAACUAGCAAUGUCUAGCUGUAAGAAACUGUCAAAAUGCACUGAGAUAAGAGGUGGCAUUCAAGGGCUAAGAAAUUAGCAUAUGAGCCUACCUAGGUUUAGCUUUCAACAAAAAAUACCAAGAGAACAAAGCAAAUUUAAUGAUAAAAGUAAAUUGGAAAGUUGUUUAAAAUGACAUGCCCUAUCUGAAUCAUGGAAGUUUAAUUCUGACUAGACUGUCCCUUUAAGUCUGAGGACAUUAGGGAGUUAUCUAAAGAGGUAUAGGGCAUUGGAGUAAAAAGCAAAAAAAAUGAUGAUGGUUCAGUGCGUGCAACUAAUAAAAUAUUAAUUCAAUU